GAGGAGGAGGCGGCGGGAGAAACGGGUACCAAUGGAGCUUCAUCAAGACCCAGCCUACAUUAUGCGCCCAGGCACAGUCAGGGUGUUGGAUUUUGGGGAAUCCGCUUUGCUAAACCCCAGUCCAGUUGUUAAAGAGGAAAAAGAAAAAGAUAUGCUUGUUGAAGAAUACCUUUCUCCAUCGAGAUUGCAAGCACUGACAGAGACAGAUGAUCUCCAAGAGGUGAAGGUUCUGGAGAUGCGUGUGGAUACACAGGAUAGCAGCCUGGGAAACUUUGGUAUUUAUUUGCCAAAUUUGAUUGAGCUAAAACUGAACAACAGCUUUAUUGUAUCUGUAAGAGACAUUGGAACAUCGUUAACUAAACUUCAGGUGCUCUGGAUGGCUCAAUGUGGACUUCCAGACCUGGACGGGAUUCCUUCAUUCUCCUCUUUGAAGGAAUUGUACUUGGCGUAUAACAACAUUACAGACAUCAGCCAUGUGAGCAUGCUGGACCACUUGGAAGUGCUGGAUUUGGAAGGAAACAAUAUUGAUGACAUCAUGCAGAUCCAUUACCUGGCUCUAUGCAGCCAACUGAACACAAUUACGUUGGAGGGUAAUCCCAUUUGCUUGAAACCAAGCGCAGAGGCACCAGAGGAUUCAAAUUACAACUAUAGGGAGGUAGUUAAAUGCCUAAUCCCGCACUUAAAGUACUUGGACGAUUUUCCUGCAAACGAGACCUGCAUUCAAGCCAACAGUCCAGUCGGUCAGGAUUGGCUAAUUGUGAAGGAGGCCAUUAAAGAUUGCAUCACAGCUGAUGAUCUCAGAGAUCUUGAAAACCUAGGUCAUUAUCAUGUUUCAUCCCAGGGUAGGCCUAGCUCUGGUCACCACAUUCAUGGAUCUAGAAGAUAUUUAAUGCAAAGGCCUUCGACUCCCCAGAGACCUCACAGCGCAAGGAGACACAUGACUGCCUGUCCAGGGUCUGCUGAGGCCUGCUACUCAGGAUCCAGUGAUUUUCUUGUUCAAGAUGAUGCAAGUGACUUAACUCAUGGUGUGGGCAGCAUUAUUUGUGGAAAUCCUGUUAAAGCUCUUCAGGCACGGAGGAAGAAACUAGACGCAACGUAUGCAACAGCAGGGAGCUUUGUCCGCCAAUAUUUCCACGGUCCUGAAUCCACCUUUGACUUGUUAGAAAAGGACAGCAAAAGCCGUGAAGAUAUUUUCUCCGAACUCAAGGCCUGGAGGAAUGACCACGGCAAGCGUCUUGAAGCGAUUUGGAAGGAUCGUGAACCACAAAUAUUGACGAUUGACCACAGUGAUGAGGAGGAGUUGAGUGAUGGCUGCUUGGGGGAGGAGGCAGUGAAAUUCUGCCCUGAGACGAAUGAGAGGCUUUCCCCAGAACUUCUGUGUCCUUCAUUUUUAUACCCUUCGCCUCCCCCAAAUUUGUCUUCUACCGCAGACAAUUUGCUGACUACAGCCUUAAGUCAACCACCGUCUCCUAGCCCUCCAUCCCUUCACGAUUUGCCUACAAGAUCACAGAAAGUGCUUGAUUUCAGGGUCAGACGUUUGAGAAGGCCUGUGCAGCUAGAACAAGUGCAGCCGUACAGCAUUGCGAGAACAGAGCCCAGCGUUGUACGGACUGAUGAAGAGUUUGCUGUCCUGGGUGAAGAGGGGCCAGUUACACCCUCUGAUGGACUUGAUCCAAAAACUAGAGUGGAAGAACGGAAAAACACGCACUCAUACACUCAGUAUCUGAGACCAGUCUUAGGACGAAGAAGCACCAGAUCCACAGAUGACGAGAGUCCUCAAAAGCUUAUUGAUAAUCAUCAGCCAGUCAUCCGAUCUUCCUCAAAAACAUCUGAGAAGCCUCUGCCACUGAGCCCUCUCCAUCCUCUGACCACAAAGCCUGCACUGCAACGAUUGCCAAAUAGACCUUUGCUUCUGCCCAGCAGAGGGAGCAAGACAACGAGCUGAUGGGACCAAGCGUCAGAGUAGGCUGUUUGUCAGGAUCUGUGGCCUCACAUCACCAAACCUGCUGCACACUGCCCUAACACUGAAUUUAUUUUCCCAGGAAUAUUUAAUGGCUGGUUGAACAGCACCAGGAACGCUGACAUUUUCGAGUAACCAUGUUUCACUAAUUACUGCACCAAAUUGGAGAGUCAAAUAACUAGAGUGCGUGCAAGUCAAGCUUUUAAUACAAGCACAAGAACUACUUGAUUGCUCAUGUCCUACUGAAUGGUCUCAUGACCACUUAAAAAAUGUAGUGCUUUUAGUGUGUCACUGCACGGAAUAGACCUUUUGAAUCGCCUCCUCCCACACACAUUUUGGCGCACACACGUACGCACACACACAUUCACACCCACAACUUCCUUACAACCUUAACACUCUUAAGGUUGAUUUCAAUGUUAAAGUGCAAAUGAUGGUCAUUUGGGCACCCACAAAUAUCAAAUAUUGGGCAAUAUCGCUGAUAUAGAUUAGUUGCAAGAUCUAAUUUGUAUGUGUAAAACGUGUCUCAAAGUUCCUUCUUCAGCCAUGUUACUCCUCAAUAGGACAGAAAAGAAUGUUUUUUACGAAUUUAAAAAAAACCCAACUGCACUACUCGUAGAGGACGUUUUAGCCCUUGCAUUUUUUCCUGUUGACAUUCAGCAGAAUUAUUUCUCCUAAAAGUUUGCUUGACUCCGACACCUGCUUUCCGCUGAUUAUUUUACAUGCGUUUUAACGUGAGGUGUCCCCAAUUGUUUACAGGGAUUAACUAAUAAUAAAAUAUUACAUCCAAUUUUGGAGCUAAGUGAUUAGGAGACAGAAUAAGGGUUCAGUAGCUAACACACAAAAAAAUGUUUGGGCAAGUAGCUGUAGACUGCAGCAAAUCCCUGGUGUGUGUUGACGUAGCUGCUCUCAGGCAGACAAGCAUUAGGAGCAAACUGACCCUAGUGUCUGGGUUCCACAGGACACGUAAUUAGCCAGGAUUUCUGCUACUGAUCACUGAGUAACUAUUCCCACUGGAGAGAGUGUGCAAUUGGGCAGGAUUGGGCUAGGUUGUGCCCCCCCUUCCCCGACAGUUGAAUAUGUGUGCAUACGGGCUGCUACCCCACAUUGUUAGCAGCACUCGAGGCUCACGCACAGAUACUGGCCACAUAGAUACGAGAGACCCAUUGACACUCAGGGAACCAUACCCUCUAGACAGUGAACUGAACGUCUUUGUGAGGGAGCGGGAAACGGAACUUGGUGAUAAGAAAAUGUUUGAACUAAAUUUCUUGUCUGAAAUUUAUCCGAUGGAUAGUCCCGAGUCCACUGGAUUUGCUUCCUGUUCACAUCUCACUAUUGAAUUGUACCUGAUUUAAUCUGUUAAUUUAAUCUAUAAUUAAAAAUUUACAUUGGAUAAGGGUUCGAAUGCAUUCUUUAUCCUUCUAAAUAUUUAAGGCUUGCGAAUCUUACUGUAAAUAAAAGGAUGUGUAUAUUUGAUGAUCGCGGUGUAUAUAUUGGUAACUUGUUGCUUGGUUUU